CUUCUGCUGAUACUUUGUAACUAUUUCAACGCAAAGCUUUAAAGGACAUCAACGGGGGUCUUUCGGGGGGCAAUUGCGACCGCAAGGCUGCCAGCCGGCUUGGAAGCCUUUGCAUCGUUGCCAGCCGGCUUGGCGACUGAAGGGCAACCAGUUAUACAUAGGACUGGUGGGCAGCGGCUCCAGCGGCGCACAGCGAUGGCGUCGGGGUUCGGACUGUUCUUUGUGGGGCACACGGUGCCCAUUACACACGACAACCUGACGCAAGUGGACCCCACGCACUGGGUGCUGGACGCCUCGGUCAUUCCAAACUACGCGGCUAUGCGCGAGGUGGCGCUGUUCCUGCUGCCCGGCAGUGUGCUGGACCCCAACGCGGCACUGGGGCUGUACGUGCGCGCUGGCAACGCCGAGUGGGCCUACCGCGGCUGUGUGCACAACGCCCAGCCCAGUGCCGUCCUGCCGCUGCAGUGGCCUCUGGCUGAAGACGGCAGUGUGGUGUCGGCGGCAGUGGGCGGCCAGUCGGUGCAGAUCGGCGUGUCGCUGGAGGCGGCGGCGGACAUUGUGGCUCGCGAAAGCAGCUCCGUGGGCGCGAAGGCCGAGUUCGCCAAGCGGGUGGGUCUGGACCUGUUCCGCUACCUCGAGUCCUUCCAGACCCAAAACAUGGGCUCACAUAUCGUGGUGCCAGCCAACGCACUGGAGAGGUGGUAUACACGCUUUCAAGAAAAGUUCCGGCGCGACCCCGACUUCCUCACUCGCAACACCGCGUCGCUGAAUUCAUAGUACUGGCAUAUUGUGCCAUUUGCGACCUCGCUGGCGGCUGAGCCCGGCAAAUCGCGUUGAGCAUUUACUUCAUUUACUUCAACGUUAAACGAAACCUGGUCCGAGCUCCUGAGCAGACCACCUAGCUUAACUUGAAGAGCGAAGCAUUCCCACGGUGUAAAGCUAGCUGGAGGAAUCUUCGCCGACCUCUCGGUGGCUUCGUUUUGCGGGCGUGCAACAACACGUGUGUUGGUUUGUUGAUAGCAGAGUUUGUAUUUACAAUCAGUGAACCGCCAUAAGGACGGGAUGCCGAAGGGCGGCAAGUUGGCGAAGGGCCACAGCGCUGGCGGCGGUGGCAAGGGUGCACUUGCGACGCAGGACCGCAAGCAGCCUGGCCAAAAGAGCCAGCGGCAAAGCGGAAAGCUGCCGGCCUCGUCACUCGGGGUUCGCAAGGAUGCUACUAAGAACAAGGCAUCCGGCAACGGCGGCAAGAAGCAGCCAGGCGGCGGCAAGAAGCAGGCGAGUGGCGCGCCUGCGCCACGGCCUCCCUCGGCCAUGCGGCAGCAGAACGGCGCCCGCGCUCUGACGCAGGGCCUGGGGCUCAGCGCGGCGGGUCUGUCUGCGCUGCUGGACGAAACCCUGAAUGAACUCUCUGAUAAGAACAUCCGCACCGGGGCCAAGGGCGGUAAGGCGCAGCAGCGGCAGGCGGCUGGUGAAGGGCCUGCGGCUGAGGCGACACCCACCUCGCCGCUCGCCUCCUCGUCCGCCGGUCUCACGUUUGUACAGCUGGGGGGAGCUGCCGCACCGCCGCCCACACCGGUCGCACCGGGCCAGGUGGCCGCGGCACAGCAGCCCGCCGCGCUGGCGGCGCUGGCGGGGCUACGCACGCGGGUGCGGCAUGACCCCGCUGCAGUGCUGGAGUCGCUAAACGGCUGGGGGCUGAGCAGCUAGCGUAAUGGCCAGGCUUGAGGUAGCACGGAUGAGAGCUGUCGUAGAACCAAAUGAAAAAUUACUGAAAUGACUGAAGGGGCUACAUACUACACACGAUAAGGCUCGGACCGGAGAGGAAUGCCUGGAUUGUCGUCGGGACGACGGGACUCCGUUCGUCUGUGUGUGUGCAGGUGUGUCUAUGUGUGUGCAGGCGUGUGUGUGUGUGUGUGUGUGUGUGUGUGUGUGUUAAAGAGCACAAGGAAAACGCGUGUGUGUGUGUCCACAAGGUGGUGCGUACGUUCUUUGCGUGCCUUCCUGCCUCUGUUUGGGUUGACAUUAUGUGCGGAGGUCAAUGGGUGCAUUGGGCGAAGACCUGGGUCUGGAGUUUACGAACCCAGGGUUGCAGCAGCCCCCCAAGUGGUACAGCACUACAGCGCAGAUGAUGUGGGGCAGUGCAUGGGUCUGAUGACAGCACCCAGGGCCACAUGCCAGGCGGCCCCUGUGUGCAUGUGCGUAUGGAUUAAGGGAACCAAUCGCGCGCGCUCACACGCACACGUGUUGAUGCUGCUGAAUUGCCGACUGCAUUUUGAAUGAAAGAGAGUAUGUGUAGGGUGCCAAGGAACCUCAAGAAGCGGCAUGCGCAAGUCACGGGAAACGGAAAGGCCUCGAACUGUGUGUUAGCCGGGCAGCAGUUGUUGAUCAUGAGGCGCGGCUUCCAGACAGACGUGUGGCUCCAGCAGGCGCGUGGCGGCUUGUGGUCGGAUGUCUGCGCAGAUUGUUCAUUGGUGUGAUGAGUGACGUGGUCACGUGGACAAGACAUAUGGUUUCCCCUUGCAUUGGAAAUAAUGGAAUGGACAAUU